AGAGGAAAAAAGUCAACGAAAUCAGAGCUGGAAAGCCAUCUUCAUCAGUACCUACUCUGACCUAGGAAGAUACAUCCGCUACUAUGCUACAUUAAAAAAAGCCUGGGAUGACCUAGAGAAAUACUUAGGACAGCGAUGUCCUCGGAUGAUUGGUUCUUUGAAAGAGAGCGUGCGGGAGGAAGAUCUAGAUGCUGUGGAAGCACAAAUAGGUUGCAAGCUCCCUGAUGACUAUCGAUGUUCAUUUCGCAUUCAUAAUGGACAGAAGCUAGUUGUUCCUGGUUUGAUGGGAAGCAUGGCACUGUCGAACCAUUACCGCUCUGAAGACUUGCUGGAUAUUGACACGGCGGCUGGAGGUUUUCAGCAGAGGCUAGGUCUGAAACAAUGCCUUCCUCUUACGUUUUGCAUUCAUACUGGCCUGAGUCAAUACAUGGCCCUGGAGAGUGUGGAGGGACGAAAUAAAUACGAGAUCUUCUAUCAAUGUCCAGACCAAAUGGCUCGAAAUCCAUCUGCUAUUGAUAUGUUCAUUACAGGUACAUCUUACUUGGAAUGGUUUACAUCCUAUGUAAACAAAGUUGUAACUGGUGGUUAUCCUAUCAUCAGAGACCAGAUUUUCAGGUAUGUGCAUGAUAAAGAAUGUGUUGCUACCACAGGAGAUAUUACUGUUUCUGUGUCCACAUCUUUUCUACCUGAGCUCAGUUCUGUACAUCCACCGCAUUAUUUCUUCACUUACAGAAUCAGAAUUGAAAUGUCCAAAGAUGCUCUUCCUGAGAAGGCUUGUCAGCUGGACAGUCGAUACUGGAGAAUAACAAAUGCCAAAGGUGAUGUAGAAGAAGUUCAGGGUCCUGGAGUAGUUGGGGAGUUUCCAAUUAUCAGUCCAGGGAGAGUCUAUGAAUAUACCAGCUGUACUACCUUUUCCACAACAUCCGGAUAUAUGGAGGGGUAUUACACUUUCCAUUGCCUCUACUACAAGGACAAAUUCUUUAAUGUCGCAAUUCCCAGAUUUCAUAUGGUGUGUCCGACAUUCAAGGUGUCUACAGCACGAAUGGAAACAAAUCACAAUGAAUAUGCAGUGGAUGAAGAUGAAGAUUCCACAGACACUGAUGAGUAUGAAGAUCGACGUAGAGUGAUGGACAUUCCUGCACCUUCUGGACGCUGCCCACGUCAUACCUGAUGGGAUUUUUAUCAAAACAAAAUAAACUGUUUUCAGAAGCUGAACUCUUUGGGGCUAGUGCAUAAGAAUAUUUCUGACUAUUGUAAAUGAACUUUCUGUUGCACAUCAGGGCAACUAGCAUGAAUGUUGGUGCCAGUUCUAAUAUUCAUCGGAGUGUAACUUUUUUUUUCCUGGUUUGGAAGUUGGGGGGGGUUGGGGGUGCAGGGGGAGGGAGGGGAAGAGAAAGGUGUUUGGGCUUUGUUCACUUUUUUCUGAAGUGCGAAACAGCUUGAUAGUUUGAGGUAAUCAUAUCUUACAUUUUUAAACUAUUGCCUAUUUAUGAUCAUAUUGCAAAUAUGGUGCGGGGGAUUUGUUUUUAUACAAGCAUUGAAAAUUAGCAAUAGAUAAGAUGGAAAAAAAAGGUGU